AUGGGCUACUUCGUGGGCAUCACCAGCACCGGCUUCGUGGGGACCGACGAGCUGAGUGCGGUGACCUCUUUUCAACCAUGUCAUAUCUUUGGUGAUCAGAUGCUCAUCGGCACGGGAAUUCGUGUUGGAUUCUACCUGCUUUAUAUCGCUGCCAUUGUUGCCGUCCUGUUUGGCGUUGACAAGCAAUUCCGUUUCUGGCACGGCGCGUGGGGUAUUCUGGCCCUGUCCCUCUUUCUGUCCAUGUUCCUCAACGUUGUGGACUACAAUUUGAUUAUCAUUGAUUACGCCAUCUUGAUCCAGCUCGUGCUCUGGUAUCCAGUCUACUUCGUCUUCACUGUUCUCUUCCGACAGGCAUUGGUGGUUGAUGGGAGGCGGGGAGCCAAGACCGACACAGAAUAUCGAGAGCGUCUUCAGCGUUGUCGACAGUCAGCAGUGACAGAGCUGGAUGUGGCACGAGCACGAGCCUAUUCCGAUGUUUUGAAAGCAUUUGCUCUACAUGCGGCGGCGGAGGAAGCAGACGCAGAUCAUGACGCUGCACAAGAAGCCCUUGUUCAUGCGGUACAGCACUACGUCUCCCACUGGCAUGAGCAGAUCGAGGUCCCGGCCGAGGACGGCUCUCAGCUGGGGAACAACACCGACGGAGGGGCCGUGACAACAGUCUACAACACUGAGCUGAUCGAGGAAAUUGCAGCCGCUCCCACCCGCGCCGAUAUUGACAAGCUCCGGGAUCUCUACGUUGCGGCAUUGGUCCAUUCCAACCACUCCGUGGCCGAAGCCCGAGCCGCUGAGCAUGAGGUUGCCCUCAUUGCGUCUGAAGAACUCGUCAUCAAGCGCCGAGCACGACGACCCAAGAAUGCCUUCCGGCAUUUCUUGCUGACAACCAGUUACAAAGACCAGCUGACGGCUGCCAUCGGGCUCUUGAUCUGGUCGAUGUACAUGUUUGGGACGGCGGCACUAAACUGGCCACUUCUACGCAAUGGCAACAAGCAAGGUGGCGCCUGUGACAAUGUUCCAACCGUUUACUUUGUCCUGGCGCCGAAGAAGCCUUUCGCAGAUGCAGGGUUUGCCACUUUUCUUCGGGUCUGGACAGUCGGAGUUUGCAUCGUCGCUGUCAUCACCACGGCCGUUGCCCUGUUUAUCUUGUUUGUCAGCUUUUUUGGCCCCGCUGCACUUGGUCUACGCCAGAAGGAGAGGAAGAGGAAGGGCAAGAAGUCAGUCGAAUCAGGUCAAGGGGAGUACGUCUAUGAUGUCCGGGGCUCACCAGGCUACUCUUGCAAAGCUCGUGGUCGACACACGCAGGAGAUCCUUUCCUGCAUUCACCAGACUCAGUCCCGAACAAUCAGACAUCGAUACCAAAGCAGAACAACCUCGCCAAUUCAGUUCACCCUGUGGAAUAUCCCCUGGGCCGUUUUGCUAGCUGUGCUGUUGUUGGUCACGAUCGUCUGUGCCGAGCUGACCAUCAACAGGCAAGGCCCCAACAACAACAUGCCGUUGGAUUUUGCUCGGCCGCCUCUUCGCGAGACUUCGGAGAUCCUUGGCUUCUUGAUUGGGUUGUAUUCUCUGGUAUUGACGCUACUCAGUGUGAUCGGGGCGUUUGUUGCGGCCAUCCUUCGCAAGCGUCGCCGAGGCAAUCAGCAUGACGAGCAGCAUAUCCACUACUAUCGACGUGAGAAGGGGGGUCAAGCAGGGAGGUCCGAACAGCCGGCAUUGGUGGAUUGA